UUUAAAAUUUGUCUGGUUAAACUAAAAAGAGAAAAUAUAUUUAUAAAAAAAUGGCGUUUGAUUUGAAAGAGUGGAAUAUUCCUAGGGAUAAUCUCCUAAGGAGUUGCAUUCUGAUUGCUGGGUUUGAGUUAUUGCGCUCGCUGUAUUUCUCGUUUAGUUCCGUUUCUGUAAUGAUUUCGCAUACAAAUUCGUAUUCAAUUUUGGCUUACCUGAGUACAAUAGUUUGGAUUUUAACCGUUGUUGGACUUUUUGUAGGUCUAUGGAAGGGUCGUCCAACUCUCCUCGUAUUUUGGUUGCUUUUCUCUGGCUUUGCGACUGCUAUGGAUAUAAUUUAUCUGAUAUGGAAUGUAACUUCCUCUCCUGUUUUCGACGUACAUCAUUUCAAGCACUGGACUAUUUUGUACUUAGGAAUUUUUUAUGAGUGCACUUGCUUGUACUUGGUAUUCAGGUAUUUCAGAAGAUUAUAUUCCUAUUGUCUUUUGGAAGGCGGCAACUAUGAUUGGUUCUCUAAAGAAGACUGUAGCAAAGAUGAAGAAACUGAUACAAUAUCUACAACUUCAAUUGCAAAGACUUCUGAAAAGGCAAAUGAGGAAUAAACUCAAGAAAAAUCUUAAAGAACAGAAUAUAUUAGUUAUUUCAUUCUUACACAUG